CCUCAAACAAUAUAUUAGUUUUGGAAUUUUGAUUCUUUGAGGAAUUUGGCGGAUGUAUUGCGCUUUGUGGUCUAAAGAACGUGUGAUCGAUCAGAUAUACAAUAACACUCUCAUUGUCCACCGUUGACCAUCCAUCAAUUUAAUAUGGGAUCUUCACUAAUGAGGAGAAUACUGAUCGCGCGUCAAGUAGCCACAGAUGAUGCGAAGCCAUCGUGUGCGACGGCUGCCAAUGGAGAAGACUAUAACCUCAACCUCCACAUUGCCGCUGUGUUCAUCAUCCUCUUCGUGUCAUCAACAGCUUGCGCUUUCCCUCUCAUCGUGGUUAAAGCACCCCGCCUCCGCAUCCCACCCACCUUCCUCUUUAUCGUGCGUCAUUUUGGAACGGGUGUCCUAAUCGCUACUGCGUUCGUGCAUUUGUUGCCUACGGCGUUUAUUUCUCUCACUGAUCCCUGCCUGCCCGAUUUCUGGAAUAAGGAUUAUCCUGCUAUGGCGGGGGCGUUGGCUCUUGCUGCAGUGUUCUUGAUUGCUGUAGUAGAGAUGGUGUUUAGUCCGGGGAAGAAUGGGUGUGCAAUGCCGGUGGGGAUGAUGGAAGAGAGUGUCGGGAAUGAGAAUGCGAAAGAGGGUGCUAGUGUCGGGAAUCAGGAAAGAGAAAGGCGAUCAGAACAGGGAAUCAUACACGGCCGAAAUAAUAGCACAGGAAGGGAGCUUCAAAGAAUUACGAAAAGCAGCGCAGCUUUCGAUGCAGGGGAGCGCCAUACACUCCCUCAAACUAAAGGGGAGUCUAAGCAGUAUAUGGCUUCAUCAUCUGGGAAUGGGACAGCACUCACGCUAAUCGAGAUGCAAAAACACAAGAACACUCUAAUGCAGUGUUUGCUGUUGGAGAUGGGGAUUCUGUUUCAUAGUGUGUUUAUUGGGAUGGCGCUCAGUGUUGCUGUUGGAAAUGAUUUUAUCGUGCUUUUGAUUGCAAUUACUUUCCAUCAAACAUUCGAAGGUCUCGCACUUGGGUCAAGAAUUGCGGUCUUAAGCUGGAGAAGACAUGCUCUCCAACCUUGGCUCAUGGCGCUCGCCUACGGCUGCACGACGCCAAUAGGCCAAGCCGUAGGUCUAGCAACACGCACCCUCUACGCACCCGGCUCACAAGUCGGCCUCCUUAUGGUCGGGAUUAUGAAUGCUAUUUCAUCUGGGUUGUUGACGUUUACGAGUUUGGUGGAUUUGAUGAGCGAGGAUUUCUUGAGUGAUGAGAGUUGGACGGUUUUGAGGGGGAGGAGGAGGGUUUGGGCUUGUUUGUUGGUUUUUGCGGGCGCAUUUGGGAUGAGUUUGAUUGGCGCUUGGGCUUGAGGUGAUGUAGAUGUAAAAAUGGGAGGGUGAAAAUAAUCAAUGGAAUCGGAAUGUAGAUCCAACAAACGUGCAUACAAUAGAUUCUAUUUUCUUCUCCUUGGUGGCG